ACCUCAGUCAUGGUGAUCCGCUGACGUGUCAGUAACGGAGCCGCUACAAUGUAACAGAACAACGGAAACGAGGAGAUUAUGGGAAGACAUUGAGACGGCCAACCGCAAGAAGGUGUGUGAAGAUCUCAUCCCGGCACCAUGUCUGUGGCUUUCCUGGUGGACAUUCCGGAGGAGUUCAGCCCCGACGAUGAGUGCGACAUCCACAAUUCCUUCCAAGGCGUCAUUCAAGAUGCAGAACAGGAAGCCUUGCUGGAGCUGCAGGAGCGGAAUACAGGCCGCGGAUCUCAGAGACGCGAUAAGCAUUACUUGGCCACCAUGAGAAUCCUCGCCGACAUGCCAAGUCGAACAAUUGGACGUUGUAAGGGAACCAUGCUGUCUGAGUAUUAUAAUCGCACAGUGAGGAGGAGGCAAUCAAAGAAGCGGCCGUCUUUGUACACCAUGGAUCGCAGUGCCAGACCCAGUGUGCGCCAAAGAGACGAGGUGUUGGGUGGAGAAGAAGAACAUCAAAGGCUGCUGGUCCUGGAGCUGCAGAAGACAUCGGGAACCCAGAGAACUCGCCUGUUGAAGAGUUUCCCAUUGAGUCUUCAGGUGAAAAGGGAGUUGAGGUACUUGACAUUGGAACCCAGUUCAGCUUGGAAGGGAAGCAAUGACAACCCUUGCUGCAGCAGCAUCGCAGACAGUAUUAACAUGGCAAUGCACAGUUGUUGGCUGUCCUUCCUGUCUAUGCUCUUUGCCCUGCGGCCCUGGCACGUGGCUCUCAAGCAGAUUGGAGGGCGGUUUGGCUCCAGCGUCCUCUCCUAUUUCCUGUUUCUGAAGACUCUUCUGGGGUUUAAUACCUUCAUGAGCCUCCUGUGCCUCCUGUUUAUUGUCACCCCUCAGGCUGUACAUCCUCAUGAUUCUUCGAACCCUCGUUCUUUCACCAGCCUGGAGUUUCUCACAGGGGCGGGUUACUUGUCCGACACGGUGAUGUAUUAUGGUUAUUAUAGCAACGUUACCCUGAACGAAGGCUGUCCUACUGGGUACAAUGCAUCCACGUGUCAAAGCGUCAAGCCUGCCUGGCUUCCAUAUCACAUGCCUUUGGCGUUUCUCUUCACUAUCGGACUCGUCUUCCUCAGCACCUGCAUCAUUUUGGUGUACAGGAUGUCUUGUUCAUUCGGGGAGAGUUUCCGAGUCGGCUUCUUCUCCGGAGCUCUGGCUCUGAAAGUCUUUGGUUCCUGGGACUUCAAAGUGAAUCGGAUCCGAUGUGUUCAGCGGCAGAAGAACAGCAUUCACAUGCAGCUGAAGGAGCUGCUGAGUGAGCUGCAGACCAGGCGCCGUCCCGAUCUCCGGAAGAAGAUGCAAACCGUGUGUAUCCAUGUCUUCUCCUGGAUGCUGUGUAUAGUCAGCUGGCUGGGCUCCGCUGUGGCCGUUUACGUCCUUUCAGAAUAUCUGCACAAGGUUCAUCGGAUGAGGAUGAAAAGAUUGACAGACCUGGAGUUGGAAUCUAUGCUGCUCUUACUGCCAUUGGCUGUAUCUUUGUGUAACCUUAUUCUGCCAUACAUGUAUCACGCCCUGCGGCUCUGGGAGCGUCUGGACUCUCCUAUACUAGAAGUUUACAUUGCCAUCUGCAGAAACCUUCUGCUGAAGAUUGUUAUCCUUGGUGUUCUGUGUUACCAUUGGUUAAAAAGGAAGGCCAACUAUGAGGAUUAUAAGUGCUGGGAGACUCUGGUGGGGCAGGAGUUGUACCGCUUCGUCAUCAUGGAUCUGAUCUUCAAUCUGUUGGACACCCUCUUCGGAGAGCAGUUAUUUAGGCUAAUCCAGCAGAAGAGACAGAGGAAUAAAAAGUAUCGCACUGAGUUUGACAUCGCUCGCAAUGUCCUGGAGCUCAUUUAUGGGCAGACGCUGGCAUGGCUCGGCGUUCUGUUUUGUCCUCUAAUUCCCGUCAUCCAGAUGUUGAAGUUACUUCUGCUUUUUUAUGUCAAAAAGGCCAGCCUGAUGCGGAACUGCCGAUCGCCCAGCAAGCCAUGGAGGGCCUCUCAUAUGAGUACGGUGUUUCUGACUCUGCUUUGCUUUCCGUCUUUUCUCGGGGCGUCUGUGUUCCUCUCUUAUACAGUGUGGUCGGUAACACCUUCAAAAUCCUGCGGUCCUUUCCGAUCUCUCAGCACAAUGUAUGAGGCUGGCAAAGUUUACGUCAGGCAGCUAGAAGUCUUGAACCCUCGUAUGAGCUGGGUCAGCUGGAUCCACCACUACCUCUGGGAGAAUACUCUGUUUAUAUAUGUGGCAUCGUCAAUCCUAUUGGUGGUCAUUUACUUCCAUAUCCAGAUUGUAAAUGGACAGAGAAAAGUUAUCAACUUGCUGAAGGAGCAGAUCGCCAACGAAGGUGAAGAUAAACGCUUCCUGAUUGAAAGACUUCAUUCAGUAUAUGAGAAGAAGAGCAGAGUUCACCGGGGUCAGAAAUCACUGCAAGCCAGGGCAGCUAUGGGAAAGGAAUGAUCGAAAUGCAGAAACACACAAAAA